AUGUUCCUCGAUAAUACCCAUUUGGGUGACCGUAGUCGGCUGGAAGACUGGAGAAUCAGGGGAUAUAACCCACUGGUUUCACCUGAUCUUCUUCAACAUGAUAUUCCACUGACUACUAAAUCGAAAGAAAAUAUUGUUAAGGGAAGAGAAGAUACGUGCAAAAUUUUAGAUGGUAAAGAUGACCGUCUGUUGGUUGUUGUUGGACCAUGUUCGAUUCACGAUCCCAAAGCAGCCCUUGAGUAUUGUCAGAAACUUGCUUCUGUAGUUCCUGAGCUAUCUUCUGAUUUACAUAUUGUUAUGAGAGCUUACUUAGAAAAGCCUCGUACUACUGUUGGUUGGAAGGGUCUUAUUAAUGAUCCUGAUAUCGAUGGAUCAUUCCAGAUCAAUAAGGGUUUAAGAAUUUCCAGAGAAUUGUUUGUUAAGUUGACUGAACAGCUUCCAAUUGCUGGUGAGAUGCUGGAUACUAUUUCGCCUCAAUUCUUGUCAGAUCUUUUCUCUGUUGGUGCAAUUGGUGCUCGUACUACUGAGUCUCAGUUACAUCGUGAGCUUGCUUCCGGUCUCUCUUUUCCUAUUGGAUUCAAAAAUGGUACUGAUGGUGGACUCGAUGUUGCUGUUGAUGCUGUACGUGCAGCUGCCAACCCACACCACUUCCUCUCAGUUACUAAGCCUGGUGUUGUGGCCAUUGUUGGAACUGACGGUAAUGACGAUAGCUUCGUCAUUCUCCGUGGUGGUAAGAACGGCACGAACUUUGAUGCCGCUUCAGUGGCUGCUGCUAAAGAGAAGCUAGAAAAAGCUGGUCUUGUUACCGAUUCAAGGCCCGGCCCCAGAAUCAUGAUCGACUGUUCGCACGGAAACUCGUCUAAAAAUCACAAUAAUCAGCCUAUUGUUGCCGAGGCUGUAGCUGAACAGAUCCGUAAUGGCGAGACCGGUAUCUGUGGUGUCAUGAUUGAAUCCAACAUCAAUGCUGGUCGUCAAAACGUCCCCCCCGCCGAGGAAGGUGGUAAGGACGCCCUAAAAUACGGUGUUUCCAUCACCGAUGCUUGCAUCGACUGGGAAACCACCUACAAAACCCUUAAAAACUUGGCAGAAGCUGUGCGUACCAGACGUGAAGCCAACUCCCACAAAAAGGCGAAAAUUGACGCCUAG